AGUUGUUUAUUACUCAACGGAACGCGAUAUCGACAACAUCGUCGUCGUAGAAUCUCAGUGAAAUUAAUAAAAUUAAAUAAUAAAAAAAAGUAUUUAUAGAACAUGGGUUUACUCGGAAUUUUUCCAAGAUUUCCAAACUGUUGCUUCUGCAUUGAGCUCAGAAUUGGAUGCGUCGUCAUCGCAGUACUCGGAUUAUUAAACUUCGGCGCCCAAUUAUGGGAGAACAUUCGUGCCAUCGAUACGUACGGAACGCGCAAUGAACUCGUGACAAAUGCCAUCAUUUUCGCCAUCGGCGUCUUGAUCAACUUGCUCUUGUUGUUCGGAGCGAUGCAACGUCGCGCCAACUGGAUCGCCAUCUACUUGUACGCCAAAAUUGUCUUCAUCGUGCUCGUUUGCUUGGGCACCAUCAACAACUUCUACCACAAAAACAACCAAAAUGGCACCACGCAAGCCAUCACGCUCAUCCUGGAAAUCUAUUUCUGGUUAUGCGUCAACAGCUACUACCAAGAAUUGGGCGGAUCAUAAAUUUUCGUUCCGCAGCUAACAAGUGUUCAAAGCAUUUAUCACACACAAAAAACUAAAAUAAGUAUUUUUUCACACACAUUUCGCAAAAAAAAAAAUUUUUUUUCUAUUAAAUAAAUUAAUUAGACACACACACACCUCAAAAAGGGGCCCAGACACAAUCAAUAAAAAAAAGAAAAACAUUUUUAUUUUUUUAUUUCGGCGAUAGAACAUUAACAAAUACUCAAAAGACGGACGAUGAUGUCAUAAAAACAAAAAUCUACCCAAAAAAUAAAAUAGAACCGACUACUUUUGCGACCAUGACAAACACAAAAACUCACGCAAAACAUUCGAAACAGAAAAAAAUAAAAAAAAAGUUGAAAGUUGAUGUUCUUUGAGCCGCAAUAAAAAGGUCAGAAUGAGGAAUUUCCAAGAGAUAUUUUUUUUUAUUUAAUUACAGAAACAGAUAUUAUCGCGAAUUUCUUACUAAGUUUAAUUUUUUUUAUACUUUUGUUUGAAAAAUUAAAAGAAGAAGCAGUAGAGAAAGGAAAUAUAAAUAAAUAAAAACCUACAUGAAU